GCUCGCGUCAUCCAGACCUAUAAAAGCUGGCGUUUUCCGGGCCUCCCCCCCUCACAAACUUCACCGAGACACAGAGGUGGCUCCUUAACCCAGCAAACCGGAGCCCUGACACCCCGACCUCAGCUCCCGCCUGCAAUCAACCCAGAGCGGAGUUCAUCUCAGCGACUGGAGGAGAAAUGUUUACGAUAUAAAGAGGGAACCUCAAAUCCGAGGUGGAAGGCAAGAGUCACGUUUCCCACUGGCCAAGUCGUCCCUUUGCAGUGAAUCCGGCAGUAGUGUGAGUGCGGACUGAGUCGAUUGGAAGUAUAGCUGGUGUCGCCUCAGAGACAGAACUCUUGUCUGGAGCGAGCCCCCCCUCGCCUGUUUAUUUGACCAACUUGAAAAUGGAGAUUCGAAUAGGUUACCUUUUGUUGCUGGUUGUUCAGUGGCAGCUGUGUGGCGCUAUACAGUGGCUCGCCAUCGCAGUCAGCGGGACCGCUGUGGGUUGGAACCAUACCCAGCAUUGUAAACGGCCUGGGUUAGUCCCAGACCAGCAGCAGCUCUGCCGGAGGAACCUGGACCUCAUGCCCAGUAUGGUGUUCGCGGCGCAGCAGACGCGUCUGGUUUGUCAGAAAGCCAUGGCAGACAUGAGGUGGAACUGCUCCUCCAUCCAGUUAGCCCCCCGCUUCAAUCCAGACUUAAACAGAGGAACACGAGAAUCAUCCUUCGUGUAUGCACUGUCUUCUGCUGCACUCAGUCAUUCCAUAGCUCGAUUCUGUGCUUCUGGCGAGUUGCCAACUUGUUCCUGUGGUCUCAGCCCAGCUGAGGUUCCUGGGCCUGACUUCAGGUGGGGUGGUUGCGGGGACAACCUCCGCUAUGGGCUGCAGCUUGGCUCUGUUUUUGCAGAUGCACCAAUGAAAGGCAACAGAGCUGGAACACAGGCGAACAGACUGAUGAAUAAACACAACAAUGAUGUUGGCAGACAGGCAUUGAUUGAUUCCUUGGAAACCAAGUGCAAAUGUCAUGGUGUUUCUGGUUCAUGUUCUGUAAAGACCUGCUGGAAGGGAUUACAGGAACUAAACAAGAUUGCUGUUAAUCUUAAGUCAAAAUAUCUGGCAGCCACCAGAGUGAUUCACCGUUAUGUUGGCACAAGAAAACAACUUGUGCCUAAAGAGCUUGAUAUCCGACCAGUUCGGGAGAAUGAACUGAUUUAUCUAGUGGGAUCACCUGACUACUGCACAGCAAGUGAAAAACAAGGCUCCUAUGGUACUCAUGAGAGACAAUGCAACAAGACUUCUGUGCGCAGCGACAGCUGUAACCUGAUGUGCUGUGGUCGGGGAUACAAUGCAUACACAGAAACAAUUAUAGAACGAUGUAGUUGCAAGUAUCAUUGGUGUUGUUACGUAACCUGCAAAAAAUGUGAAAGGACAGCGGAACGGUAUGUUUGUAAAUAAUUGCUAAGGACCUUGCUCUAUAAAAUAGUAGUAGACUAAAUUAAGCAGUGUCUGGGAACAUAAACCAUGGGGAGGGUUAAAAACCUGGAGACGGUUGCCAAGAUAAAGACCAAAAAUUCCUUGGACACUACUGGCAAAAUGAGUGCAGCGAACCUCAAUAUUGAGAGAAAAACAACAGAUAAAAGGCAAAAUUGAAAAACCAAGAGAAUGGACAAGUUUUAUUCAAACGAAUGGCAAGUGGACACAUUUUCAUUUAUCAGAAUGAUUCUUUUGUUCCUUUGCUGUGUUCAGUGGCCUGAAGGAUAGUUGACAUGUUCAGCAGGAAGAAUGCCAGUGAUUUGAGUGAAGAGAAUGGAGUUGAAAUAGAGGAGAGAGCUGUGAUCAACACUAAUCAAUUGUUGAAGAGAAAGAUGGUGAAGGACAAAAUGAAAAGAAAGCGCUGCUCAAUCUGGGAAGAAUUAAACGGGGUACACUUUCCAGUGUUGAGGGAACAAAUAUGACCUUGGACGAUCAUCUGUUCUGAUUCCUUAACAUUGAAAUGCUGUAAGUACAGUGCAGCAGAACAUGUUAUCGAGCAUUACAACAGAGGCAUUCCACCUAGUUUGGAGUGUAACCUUAAACCCUAAGUAUGAUGACAAAUUCCAAUGCGCUGGAACUUAUUACAAUGUGCAAUAAAUGUGCCACCCUACCACUGACAGAUAUAAUUUCGUUAGGAAAAGGACUCCUAGUAAAAGUUUCAGUGUUGCCAAAUACGUGGCAGUUCUUAUUUAUGGACGAUUUUGGGGGAGGUUGGGGAAGGAGAGAGCUGGCUAGAUGUGUUUUUCACAGAGGCUGGCAUAUCAAGCUUGGUAAGCACAGGUUCUAUUUACAUGAAAGGGGAACGCUGGUUUCUGUCACAUUCAUAAUUUUGUAGCAGUCAGCUGGUACUUCAAUUUGUGUGCUUUUGUUAUGUAGUGUUUUGUUUAAUGU